GCCGAGCGACAAGUGAUCAGUACUCUCAGGUAACACAGUGUAAAGCGCGCUACAGUAAAAUCAAGAUCGAUCAGGCUCAGGCGUAAGAACAACUGACAGAAUAAAGAGGUAAAAAAAAGAGGAAGAGCGAGCGAGGAGGAUAUAGGUCAUCUGUACAUGUGCGAGACGCUUUCGUGAUAGAUGCACAGUGGCGGCGGUGAAGAACCGACUCGCGCUAAUGCAGCAGCACUGAACGAGGGAAAGAGGAAGAAAGGGGAAGAGAGGCGUCCGCCUUUCCGGCCUACAUCUACACAAGCUUAACCUCACCAAACAGUAGAGACACGGAGAAGGAACUAAACAAAACGAGUCUGUUCAUGUGAAGCGACGGUUGUUAAUAAUAAAACAAAACGAAUAAUCUACAUGAAAUAACGUGAAAGUUCAUACAGAAGCAUUCAUACAAAAACCUGAGCCAUAAACCUGAGCCAGUCGUAUCCCCUCACUAAGCAACUCAGCCCACAGUGACUAAAAACAAGAUCAAUCUUCACUGAAGUGCUGCUGUGGUCAGAAACAGGAUGUACGUUUUUGUGUACACGUUGCUUUUCUGGCUGGCUUUUGGACCACAGAUCAAACUCCUGCAUGCACAGGAAACAGAAACCAGUGCAGAACCCGAGAAAACCACCGGGACGUCAGUAACUCAUCCGUCACUCACAGAUAGGACAAGUCUGUCUCUGGAUAGCGCCAGUGUUUCCGUACCUGAAAAUUCAACCUUAAUAGAUCAUCCAACAUUGAGUAGCAAACUUGAUGACGAUCCAGAAUCAAAUGGGACUCAAAGUCCCACCUCAGGGGGCAUUUCUGAUCCUGAAAUUCCUACGACUAAGAAUCCAGAGUCGCCAACGACGGAUAAUUCAGAUAUAGAAGGCAUUUCUGAUCAGGCUAUUUAUACAACUGAGUAUACAACAACGAUUAAUGCUGAUGAUAAAUAUAAUAGUUCCACUAUAGCAGCAAGCAGCUAUCAAACACCAGCGAUGCAACCAGAUGCCGAAACUACAACCACUGUCCAAGAGUCUCCAUCUACACUAGGCUUAAUCACAACAGCAAGGCCUGACACCACCAGAUCUGAGGACGCAGAGCCGACCACGAUGCACCAGGAACCCACCGCAGCUUCCACUGGGCUCACAACUCAGCCUGUACCUGAAGAGGAAGAGACCACCACAGGAAGUGAUGCCGGCACUCCAUCACCAUCUCAGACUCCCGCUUAUACGACUUCCAUCGCAACAACCUCAGAAGCCAUUUCUACAUCUCCAAAUCACUCGACAACCAACCCCGAUGUCAUCAGCAGUCCCGGUCUACUCAUCAUCAUUAUUGCUGUGAUUAUUUCUUGCAUUUUACUGUUCUGUGUCAUCGGCAUCGCCUUGAACUGCAAGAGGAAAAGCGGCAGGCAGAACUUCGGACACAAGAAUGACCGCACCAAGAAGAAGAAAGGUGCGGAGACUGACGUCUGGGCAGGACCCGUGAAACUGGAAGGCGGGGACAAAGCGGACUGUGACGAACUCGAUGAAGGACUUGGACAGGAAGAGGACCAGAACGACGGGACCAAAGUGAUGCUCAGUACAUUUGUUGCCCCAGAAGAAAAUGGAGGGGUUGGACGGCCGGGUUCGAAGGAGGUCCAGAAAUGGGAGGAGAAAGAACCUUUGCUUUAUAUCGACGAAGGCGCGAAAGCAGAGGGGAAGGAAAAGGACAAUGACGGAAAUGCCAGCGGACCAGAAAAGACAGAUGAGAAGAAACCGGUGCAGAAUGGAGGAGAAGCGUUCUGUCUCACCUCUGCUGUGUAAAAUCUGAUUCUCUGAUUUUUUUAACUGGGGGGUCUGCAGAGGUUUUUAUUCCCCCCUGCAGGAGCUACACUCACUGCUAUAUUUAAAUAGUCCAGAUGUGUGUUCAGCUGUAUGAGGUGAAGCUCCUGCAUGGCUGGUAUGAAAACCUCUAGAGUCUCCUGAGCUCUGCAGAUAAGAUUGAGCAUCUUUGUUUCAUCCAUGUGCCUUACGUCCAAAAUUCCAGACUUACAGUUAUCUAAUUCACCUCAAUGGUGUCCCGUGUCUCAUUUUGGUAAACAGAUGGAUAAAAAAGACAAAAACAAAAGCUUUACUGGUGCAUCCACACAAAGACCUCACAGACCCUCAACUCCACUGAUAACAACAAGCAAGAACCUGCAAUGCCGUCAAGUCUCGAAGACUGUGCACCCAGUCAUGAACUAUAUAAAAAACUAUUAAACUUCAGAGACCUUGGGGUUCCAUCUGGGACAAAAGUUUAAAAUCUUGAAGGUUUUGCAGGUCAAUUUGUAAAUAUUUUAAGGAGUGGUGGGUUUUUAUCACUGGGUUGCUGAAAGAAAUGAAGAAUGAAUCAUAAUUAGGAACAUUUCUUUCCAUUUUUGGUAACCAAUACUGUAAUAAGACAUUUGUUUACAUAAAACAAAGCAAUUUGGCUUAACAGACUUAUACUGAACAUUUUAUUUCCAGUGUUGUCUUUACCCCCUAUUUCCUCCUCAGUUUAGAUGUUUCCAGUCAUCAAAAGUCUCUCCUAUUCACGACGGCUAACACGUGCUUCCUCCAAGACACAUGCAGCCACCUAACUAUCUUUACCAGCUCCAAUCCAUGUGAUGUCACUGGCCAAAUCAGUGCACUUCCUGUUUAGUUUCAGUAACAGCAGCUCACACAGAUUUGUGAAUGAACAUACAUACGUUUUUGUACACGAUUACUGAUAAGUGCUGGAUUUAAAAUAUUCCAAAAACAACCCAAAACACAAAGUGUGACAUUUGCAUUAUUUAGCAUAAACAAUAUGGUUUUAACUUAACUUGUCUGUUAGGUUGCCAUUGCAGAACUUCUGCAAUGUCAUAUCUGGCAACCCUGAUUAUACCAGCAUUGAAGGGCUCAGGGAAGUUUUUUUUUAAAUAUUGUCGUCUAACAUGAUGAUAAGAGAGACUCUCUAGUAGUUCCUAUAGUUCUGGAAUGGGGUGUCCAGCAUGCUCAUGGUCGGGUGUCCACGUCCUUUUGGUCAUGUGUACAAAAAUGUUUGAACAAUUGUUCAUCCUUGUGUUUUUAAAAUAUAUUUCUACAUUAUUUAUAACUGUAAGGAUAAAACAUAUUGUGUUAGUGCCUGAACUGUCGUUUAUUUUUAUUACUUUUUUUUACAACGACGGCCUGAAUUUUUUUUUAGUGACUGAUUUAUUACAGAGUAAAGAAUUAUAUGUAUAGAUUUAUUUACUUAAUCCAAGUUAUACAGCCUGUCUGUCAAGCUUCUAAUACCGUCUGAAAAAUAGAAAGUCGUGCACUGCAAUGUUUCUAAUUCAUGUUUUUAAUUCAUGUUACAUCCACUCUCUAUAAACAUAACUUGAUUUGUU